AUUGUUCAAGGGUUGCCAAAUGAAUGAAUAAUAUAUAAAAAAAUAAAACAAAAUAAAAAGAACAUCCUUAGCCCCCCCACUGGUCAGCCUUGAUCCCCUCCAUUCUCGAGGCGCCUAUGCAAGUAUAUAAACCCACACUACCACACAACCAAAAUCACCAAUUCCUUUAACAAUCUUUUGUUCUUCAACUACAACCGGUCCAACUACUACCACUUUCUUAGUUAUCACAAGAUGAGCAGGCCAGGAGACUGGAAUUGCAGGUCAUGCCAACACUUGAACUUCCAAAGGAGAGAUUCAUGCCAGCGAUGUGGAGAGCCAAGACCUGGAGAGAGAGGUGACUAUGGAAGCUUUGGUGGAAGGGGCGGCGGUAGUUCAUCAUUUGGAUUCACAGGCCCUGAUGUGAGGCCUGGUGACUGGUAUUGUAAUGUUGGCAACUGUGGAGCCCAUAAUUUCGCCAGCCGCUCCAGCUGCUUCAAGUGUGGCGCUUUUAAGGACGAAUCCUCCGGCGGUGGUGGAUUCGACGGUGACACUCCUCGUGGCAGAGGUUUCGGAUUUGGUGGCAGUGGCGGAGGUGGUGGUGGCAGUAGCAGUCGCUCCGGAUGGAAAUCCGGUGACUGGAUUUGCACCAGGUCCGGUUGCAACGAGCACAACUUUGCAAGCAGGAUGGAAUGUUACAGAUGCAAUGCACCGAGGGACUCUGGUAGCAAGUCUUCAUAUUGAUCUUUGAUUUUCUUUUUCUGGAUACUGCAGCCCAAGGAGAGAGAAUCAAAGAGAGCUAGACCAUGUUACAUGAUGUCCCAAGCUGAUUUUUUUGCUCUAUUUCUGCCCCUUUUUUCUUUCAAUUUCUUCUUCUUCUUCUUUUUUUUUUUUUUAUGUUUAUGAUCUUUUGGAUGUCGUUUCUGCUUAGGGAGCUUUAGAAGAAUUAUGGUUGAAAAUAUCCAUGUCAAAGAAGGAGUGAAUCCUUCAUUUUGUGAGCUUUCUUGUAUUAAGUAUAGCCAUGUAAUACAUGUGAUGGUUUCAAUCUAA